CGGUGUCAUUGCUGCUAUUCAAUACUACUACUCACUAAUGAAACCUGUGCUCGUAUUCAGAUCCAGCUGGCGUGGUGGAGUGGAGGUGGUAGAUAGAUAGGAUAUAAAAGGACAUUGGGUACACUCGGUGAUACGCGAACGGAUGGAUGGAUAGCAUCACGUUGUCUGCGUAGUGAUUUCCUUUUGACUUGCCUUUAUUAUCCUGAGUAUUUGCGACCUAGUCCUCGUAAAAUAUGGCAAACUGGCGAAAGCGCGCAUCGCUCAAACGAGCAAGCGACCUCCAGAAACGACGUAAACACACCAUCGUGCCAUGGCUUGAAUCCCCACUCGUCGGCGCCGACGUCGAGGAGCUGGUAUUCGCACAGCGGCAUGAAGCAAAUACAAUUGAGUUGUUCUUUGACCUCUUCUUCGCUGCCAAUCUCGCGACGUUUACGGCGUAUCACUCUGUCACGGACGCAAAGGGCGUGUGGCCAUAUAUUGGCUUCUUCGCCAUCUUAUGGGCGACGUGGUUCCAGAUCACCCUGCACGACGUGCGGUUUGCACGGGAUAGUGUGUACGAGCGCGCGUGCAAGACGGUACAGAUGGUGUGCUUUGUCGGCUUUGCGUUGGUCGGGAGUAAAUUUAGUCCGAGUCGAGACGCGAAGAGCAAUACGAACUUCCGCAUCCUCUGCUACACCCUCGUCGUCUCCCGCGCCCUGCUCGUCCUGCAAUACCUCGUCGUCCUCGCCUGCACGUACGCUCGCAAAGGCUACAGCAAGCUCUACCUCCCCCUCGCGCUCAACACGCUCGUAUACCUCGUCGCCGCCGCCAUCUUCGGCGCCAUGACGCCCGCCUUCGCCGAGUCCGCGCAGACACACCGCGGCAUCUACGCGCUGUGGUGGGCCGUCAUGGCGGCCGAAGGCGCGCUGACCAUUGCCAUCUCCUCGCGGUGGCGCAUGCUCAGCUUCAAGAAGACGCAUCUCGUUGAGCGGAUGGGACUGCUGACGCUGAUUGUGAUUGGUGAGGGCGCUAUCGGCGUAACGAAGACGAUUGCGAGCAUGAUGGGCAAGUAUGGACUGGAGCCGGAUGGGAGUGGGCAGACGCUGUGCUAUAUCCUGGUUUUGGUACUGGUCUGGAUGCUGUACUUUGAUACGCAUCCGCAUCGGCAUUUCGGCACGAUUAGGCAGCAGAUCUGGUCGACGCUGCACUUUGUUCAUCAUUUGUGUAUUGUGGGUGUUGUCGAGGGUAGUCGGCAGAUGGCGCUGGCGCAUCACACGCUCUUGAACACGGAGAAAGUGGAUAAGUUGCUGUGGGAUGCGUGCGGCGUGGCGAACUUGGACGGUGAGGAGCUGGUAAGUUAUCUUGUGACCGGGCUGGAGUAUUUCCAGUUCGACACCAAGGUCGAAAGCGAUCGGUAUAUCAGUCUAAUCAACAAUGACCUCUGGGCCAUCGGCAACAGCACCGGAAUCUGCGACCCCCUGAAUCUCGCAGAAGUCACUGCACCGCCCUAUCCGGUCGAGUUCUGGCAGCUGGCAUAUGACACAAUCGGCGCGUUGUACGCAUCGCUGGGCAUGAAGUUGCCGUUAGACCAGACAGGCUUCGAUCUCGCACUGUCGAGCUGGCGGGCCGUGUACAUAUAUUUCUGGACCGCGCUGCUCUUCCUGCUCUUCAAAUCGCUCAUCUUCCUCGUUCUGAUCCGACGGAACAAGAUCGACAUGUUCGACUAUGCAUCCAUUGGCAUUCGCGCUGUGGGCAUGAUGGUGUGCGUCGGGUUCCUGGGCGCGCUCGCCAAGGACGACGUUCUGAUCAAUCUUAUCAAGACGCCUGCGAUUCUGCCCUCUGUCGUCGCGCUGCUGCUGAUCAUCCUGCUAUGCGACCACUUUGCGCGCGUUGCGGCGAAUUGGCGGCUGAAGAAAUCGGGUCAGCCGUUCGAUGAGGACAAGGAUGAGGGUCAUCAUGGGCAUGGAGAGCAGCGUGAGCAUGUCGAAAAUCAUGGACACGACGGCAAAGAAGUGGUGCGGCCCAGUGUGAUGCCGCUGCAGGGUACAGACGCAUCGUAUAGUAGUUCGUAUACGGGUUACAAUCCUAUGCCGGCGAUGCAUAUGAAUUCGGACAGCUCGCUAUACUCUGGCCUUCCGACGCCAUAUUCUUCACCAGUACAAGGGCAUGUAGCGGUACAGUAUGUGCCAGUCGCACAAUUGGGGCAUUGAUUAGAGUUAGGGAGUGAUGUUGAGACACGUGAUAUUGACUUAAGUAGAGUUUUCAUGAAAUGGGCAUCUAUAUUGUCAAAACAGAUUGUUACACUAAACAUGUAACAUAAUGCAAACAAAAGUGGUAUCGUGCCG